CACUGCGGCCCCAUUUUUGACGUGCAUGACGUCGCUUCCUUCCAACAUGGCGCAGGCAGCUUGCUGAUGGAAGACUGAGGGAUUUCCGUGUACAUUUAUCCAGACCUCUCUAUUUAUUUAUGUCUGUAUAUUUGGUCCACGUCGACAUUGAAUUGAAAAACGAGCGCUAGGUGAGAGCCGCAGUCCGCCUUGGCUUGGGACAGGUCCUCCUCGCCCCAGACACUUCCAGCGCGUCAUGUAUGAAGGGAAAAAGACCAAAAACAUGUUUUUAACUCGAGCUCUGGAGAAGAUCUUGGCCGACAAGGAGGUGAAGAAGGCGCAUCACUCCCAGCUGCGCAAAGCCUGCGAGGUGGCACUGGAGGAAAUCAAAGAAGAGACAGAGAAGCUAAGCCCGCCCCCAGGGGACAGCAAAGCCGGCUCCAGCACCUUGCCUCCUGUCAAAUCCAAGGCCAACUUCAUUGAAGCGGAUAAGUACUUCCUGCCGUUUGAGUUGGCGUGCCAGUCAAAAUGCCCCCGCAUCGUCAGCACCUCCCUGGACUGUCUACAGAAACUCAUCGCCUACGGACACCUGACGGGCAGCACGCCGGACAGCACCGCCCCCGGGAAGAAGCUCAUCGACCGCAUCAUCGAGACCAUCUGUGGCUGCUUCCAGGGACCCCAGACCGACGAGGGUGUCCAGCUGCAGAUCAUCAAGGCCCUGCUCACCGCCGUGACCUCACAGCAGAUCGAGAUCCACGAGGGAACGGUUCUGCAGGCGGUGCGGACGUGCUACAACAUCUACCUUGCUAGCAAGAACCUCAUCAACCAGACAACAGCCAAAGCGACUCUCACUCAGAUGCUGAACGUCAUCUUCGCCCGCAUGGAGAACCAGGCGCUUACAAAUCACAAGAUAAGUUGGUCUUUGGCCUCCAGAAAGCGAGAACGGCAGCUCCAGGAGGCCAAGCACCUGGAGAAGGAGCGCCACCGGCAGCAGCACCUGCAGCAGUCUCCCGUCGGCCAUAAGGAGCAGCCCGACCUCGGGCCGGCCGACAAGGCCGACGAGGGCCCGGCCCACGAGGAUGCCGAGAAUGGGGCCGAGUUUUGUGGGGAGGAGAACGAGCAGACUGAGGCCGACCAAGCCACCGCUGCCGCAGAGAGCCUGUCAAAGCGAGACGCAGAUGGCGUGGACGAAGACGAGGCGGCCAGCUAUGAGGAGAAAGCCCAGGAGAUCGUGCAGAGCAUCCUGCAGGAGGUCGUCAGCACCGCCACCGCAGGCUCCAGGGAGAAUGCAGAUGGCACGGAGAGCGUGGGCGGGACGCCCAACUCCCUGGAGGAGGAGACGGGGCUGGGCAGCGACAGCGAUAUCGUCCACGCCAACGGCAUCCCUGGCACGCCUAUCUCGGCCAGCUUCACACCGUCCCUGCCUGACGACAGGCUAUCUGUCUCCUCCACUGACACUCAGGAAUCCGGCGCUGCCAGCGGACCCUCCCCUGGUGCUAAGUUCUCCCACAUCCUGCAGAAGGAUGCCUUCCUGGUUUUCCGGUCUCUCUGCAAGCUGUCCAUGAAGCCUCUCUCAGAUGGUCCUCCUGAUCCAAAGUCUCACGAGCUCCGCUCGAAGGUCCUGUCCCUUCAGCUGCUCCUGUCCAUCCUGCAGAAUGCAGGCCCUAUCUUCAAGACCAAUGAGAUGUUCAUCAACGCCAUCAAGCAGUACCUGUGCGUGGCGUUGUCCAAGAACGGAGUCUCUUCCGUCCCGGAGGUCUUUGAGCUCUCGCUCUCCAUCUUCCUUACGCUGCUGUCCAACUUCAAGACCCACCUGAAGAUGCAGAUUGAGGUGUUUUUCAAGGAGAUUUUUCUCUACAUUCUGGAAACCUCUACUAGCUCCUUCGACCACAAGUGGAUGGUCAUUCAGACCCUGACCAGAAUAUGUGCUGACGCCCAGAGUGUGGUCGACAUUUAUGUGAACUACGACUGUGACCUGAAUGCUGCUAACAUAUUUGAAAGGCUGGUGAACGACCUCUCUAAGAUCGCGCAGGGCCGGGCCGGACACGAGCUGGGCAUGACCCCCGUCCAGGAGCUCAGUCUGCGGAAGAAGGGCCUGGAGUGCCUGGUGUCCAUCCUGAAGUGCAUGGUGGAGUGGAGUAAGGACCAGUACGUCAACCCCAACUCCCAGACGAGCCUCGGCCAGGAGAGGCCGUCGGAGCAGGAGAGCACAGAAAGUAAGCCCUCGGAGACCAUGCACCGCUACGGGAGCAUCAACUCCCUGGACUCGACGGCCUCCUCGGGGAUUGGCAGCUACAGCACACAGAUGUCUGGCACGGACAACCCCGAGCAGUUCGAGGUCCUCAAGCAGCAGAAGGAGAUCAUCGAGCAGGGCAUUGACCUGUUCAACAAGAAACCAAAGAGGGGCAUUCAGUACCUGCAGGAGCAGGGCAUGCUGGGGAGCACUUCAGAGGACAUCGCUCAGUUUCUGCAUCAGGAGGAAAGGCUGGAUUCUACUCAGGUAGGCGAGUUCCUAGGGGACAACGACCGAUUUAACAAAGAGGUGAUGUACGCGUACGUCGACCAAAUGGACUUCCAAGGCAAGGACUUCGUCUCGGCCCUGCGCAUGUUCCUGGAGGGCUUUCGCCUCCCGGGGGAGGCACAGAAGAUCGACCGUCUCAUGGAGAAAUUUGCUGCUAGAUAUUUGGAGUGCAACCAGGGGCAAACUCUGUUCGCCAGUGCGGACACGGCCUACGUCCUGGCGUACUCCAUCAUCAUGUUGACGACAGAUCUUCACAGCCCGCAGGUGAAGAAUAAGAUGACUAAAGAGCAGUACAUCAAGAUGAACAGGGGCAUCAACGACAGCAAGGAUUUACCUGAGGAAUACCUCUCUGCCAUUUACGAUGAAAUCGCUGGCAAGAAGAUUUCUAUGAAGGAAACGAAGGAGUUAACUAUUAAAUCUAACAAGCAGAGCGUGGCUAGUGAAAAGCAGAGGCGGCUCCUCUACAAUCUGGAGAUGGAGCAGAUGGCCAAGACAGCCAAGGCCCUGAUGGAGGCUGUGAGCCAUGUGCAGGCACCCUUCACCAGCGCCACCCACUUGGAGCAUGUCAGGCCAAUGUUUAAGCUGGCAUGGACGCCAUUCCUGGCUGCAUUUAGCGUGGGGCUGCAGGACUGCGACGACACCGAGGUCGCUUCCCUCUGCCUGGAGGGAAUCCGCUGUGCUAUCCGGAUAGCCUGCAUCUUUGCCAUCCAGCUGGAGCGCGAUGCCUACGUCCAGGCCCUGGCACGGUUCACCCUGCUGACAGCCAGCUCGGGCAUCACCGAGAUGAAGCAGAAGAACAUCGACACCAUCAAGACCCUCAUCACCGUGGCACAGACGGAUGGCAACUACUUGGGCAACUCCUGGCAUGAGAUCCUGAAGUGCAUCAGCCAGCUGGAACUGGCCCAACUCAUUGGCACGGGUGUGAAAGCACGCUACAUCUCAGGGACGGUCAGGGGUAAGGAGGGCAUCGUCACCGGCACCAAGGAGCAGACCUCCGACGAGUACCUAGGCUUGGUCAGUGGCACUGUGGACCGCAAGCAGAUAGCCAGCAUUCAAGAGUCCAUCGGGGAGACCAGCUCACAGAGCGUGGUGGUGGCCGUGGACAGGAUCUUCACCGGUUCCACCCGUUUGGACGGCAAUGCAGUGGUGGAUUUCGUCAGAUGGCUGUGCGCCGUGUCCAUGGACGAGCUGGCGUCCCCGACGCACCCUCGCAUGUUUAGCCUUCAGAAGAUCGUGGAGAUCUCCUACUACAACAUGGGCCGAAUCAGACUGCAGUGGUCCAGGAUAUGGGAGGUCAUAGGAGAUCAUUUCAACAAGGUGGGCUGCAGUACGAAUGAGGAUGUGGCCAUCUUCGCUGUGGAUUCACUGCGGCAGCUGUCGAUGAAGUUCUUGGAGAAGGGAGAACUGGCCAACUUCAGAUUCCAGAAGGACUUUCUGAGGCCGUUUGAACACAUCAUGAAGAAGAACAGGUCGCCCACUAUCCGGGACAUGGUGGUGAGGUGCAUCGCCCAGAUGGUGAACUCCCAGGCGGGCAAUAUCCGCUCCGGCUGGAAGAACAUCUUCUCCGUGUUCCACCUGGCUGCCUCCGAUCAGGACGAGAGCAUAGUGGAGCUGGCCUUCCAGACCACCGGCCACAUCGUCACGAAUGUCUUUGAGAAGCACUUCCCAGCCACCAUAGACUCUUUCCAGGAUGCGGUGAAGUGUCUGUCGGAAUUCGCAUGCAACGCCUCCUUCCCUGACACCAGCAUGGAGGCCAUCCGCCUGAUCCGGCACUGCGCCAAAUACGUGUCCGAGCGGCCGCAGGCCUUCAAAGACUAUACCAGUGAUGACAUGAAUGUGGCACCAGAGGACCGUGUAUGGGUGCGCGGCUGGUUUCCCAUCCUGUUUGAGCUCUCCUGCAUCAUCAACAGGUGCAAGCUGGAUGUACGGACCAGGGGCCUGACGGUGAUGUUUGAGGUCAUGAAGACCUAUGGUCACACCUUCGAGAAGCACUGGUGGCAGGACCUCUUCCGGAUCGUCUUCAGGAUCUUUGACAACAUGAAGCUGCCGGAGCAGCAGACUGAGAAAGCCGAAUGGAUGACCACCACCUGUAACCACGCCCUCUACGCAAUAUGUGAUGUCUUCACUCAGUACUUCGAGUCACUCAAUGAUGUCCUCCUGGACGACAUCCUUUCUCAGCUGUACUGGUGUGUGCAGCAAGAUAAUGAGCAGCUGGCACGAUCAGGCACCAACUGCCUAGAGAACGUGGUCAUUCUGAACGGGGAGAAGUUCUCACUUGAGACCUGGGACAAAACCUGUAACUGCAUGCUGGAUAUCUUCAAGACCACCAUUCCAAGCACACUGCUCACCUGGAGACCAGCAGGGGGCGACGGUGAAGCAGUCUUACAGCUGGAAGGGCACGACAAGCAGCUGGAUUCCAUAUCCCAGAGGUCCCUGGACAUCCAGGCUCGUACUGAGGACCAACAGUCCAUUGGUAGUGUGGAGAAGAUGUCCCUGGACACCCGGCGGCAAAGUCAGUUCAGUGUAGGCUCAGGCCCUUACGAAGACGGCCCCAGAGCCAGGACCCCGACAAAGUUCCACGAGCCGAAGCUGUUCUCCUCGCUCCUCAUCAAGUGCGUGGUGCAGCUUGAGCUCAUCCAGACCAUCGACAACAUCAUCUUCUUCCCUGCCACCAGCAAGAAGGAGGAUGCGGAGAACUUUGCAGCAGCUCAGAGAGACUCACUAGACACCGACGUUCACGUGGAAACGCAGGACCAGGGUGUGUACCGCUACCUGACCUCAGAUCAGCUCUUCAAGCUGCUGGACUGCCUGCUGGAGUCCCACCGCUUCGCCAAGGCCUUCAACUCCAGCCACGAGCAGCGGACGGCUCUGUGGAAGGCGGGCUUCAAGGGGAAGUCGAAGCCCAACCUACUGAAGCAGGAGACCAGCAGCCUGGCCUGCAGCCUGCGCAUCUUGUUCCGCAUGUAUACAGACGAGAGCCGGCGGCCUGCCUGGGAGGAGGUGCAAAGGAGGCUGCUGAACGUGUGCAGUGAGGCUAUUGGCUACUUCCUGACCCUGACGUCGGAGAGUCACCGCGAGGCCUGGACCAGCCUGCUUCUCCUCUUCCUCACCAAGGUGCUGAAGAUCAGCGACGACAGGUUCCGGGCCCACGCCUCCAGGUACUACCCUCUGCUCUGCGAGAUCAUGCAGUUUGACCUGAUCCCGGAGCUGCGGGCCGCGCUGCGCAAGUUCUACUUGCGGAUCGGCAUCGUCUUCAACAUCUCGCAGCCGUCCACGCAGGAGCCGGCAGUGAGCAGCCUGUGAGGGCCCCUCCAAUAACGGUGCAUGGGGCAGGGCACAGGAGAGAGUGGGUGUGUGCGGGGGUGGGGCUCCGGUCUGACCCCCCCUCCUUAAUGGUCUGUCAUGUCCCCGGAUGUCAGGGAUGUUUUGAAUUGAUGUGAACCACAUCCCCCCCCCCCCCACCACCAUUCAGGCAGCAGUUCCACAGCAGACCCCACUACUGGUACUGGAAGGUAUUUGGGAGUCGUCUGUUCUGCACAUAUCUGCUGCUGAUUCCCCCCCCCCCUCCUUCCCCAGUGUGGCCAGCCGACCACAGUCAAUCACUGGAAUUUGGGCCUCGCCUUGUACAGUAGGAUAAUGAAACUCCACAGGAUUGUACUGAUGGUUAUAAUAAUUAUUACAUUUACUUUCUAACUUUCUGAACGUUCAGAUGGCAGGUGUUUGGAAAGACUGAAUCAUCCUUCUCACCUCCUGGCAUUACAGCUGUCUGAAGAAUGAUAUGGAUUCAUUGAAAAAAAAAAUUCAGAAAAGAGCAAAGUAAUACAAUAGAAAGUAAUGUUUGUGAAUUUGAUUUUUUUUUUUUUUUUUUUUGCACAGCCGAAGGCUAAUGUAAUGUAAUCAACAGCCCUUCAGAUAACUAGUUAUGGAAAUGCAGCUUUGUAAUGUACAUAUUAUCUUCUAACACUAGACAUUGUUCCUGCAAUAAUUUUGUUUGUUUUUUUCGUUCUGUUUUCUCCCACUGAAUUUGCUGCACUUGGUUUAUUUACAGAUUGCACUGGGGACUUUGUGAGAAUGCUUAACUUAACUCUAGGCCAGCCGGGAUAUCCGCUGGGCCAUGCGAUCGGUUUAUAAGAUGCUAACUGAUGACGAGAUAGUAAGAUUUAUUCCGUUUUAUAUGUACAGGCUUUUAUUUAAAUGGGGAUGGAACCAAUGACUGAGAUCCUCGCGAAACUGGAACUGAAAUAAACACUGCAGAUUAAUGGAAACCGCAUCCAAACCGCUACCGAUGUGUUCAGUCUUGGUUUUAGCGUCUGUGUAUGAGAUGUUACGAGCUGACCAGUUUCUGGCUUGAGGGUGGUGGACGUGUAGAUGUUACGGACGUUCGUGUGCUCCGUUCUCUGUGCUGACGUGUCGGAUCAGUCCCAAGCAUUCCUGGUCUCUGCGGAGACCGAUGGUAACAUGUAUACGGUACAGCGAUGUAAAGUUUUUUUAUGCGGAGCAGAAAACCUUUCUGUACAAUACUGGUUAUCAUCCAACGGUCUAAUCAGGUAACAGGUCAAUAAAGUUUUUGAACUCCGAA